UCCCCCUUUCUUCCCCCAGCGGACAACGGUGAGGUCAGACAAAGGUUUUAUCUUCAAAGUUUCCCCCACGCCCCCCUCUGAACCCAAGCAAAGAAAUUUCUGUGAGGAGCAACCGAGCAAAAAACCAAGAAAAUCAGCAAACAAAAUUACUCAUAUGACUCAAUGGCUAUUUUGAAGCCAAGUAACUCUCUCAAACGAAUGGCCUCACGUUUUAUCUCUUACUCGACUUCCAUUCACUCUUUUCACUCCCAUAAUCAGCAAAGCCUCGCUCUUUCGUCUUCUUUUUCGCUUUCCCGCCCGUCUCUUCUCCUAUACGCCAGGGCAAGUAAUAGGUUGAGAAGGGUUUCAAAUAGGUUUUUAAUACGAAAUGUGGUGUGUCCAAGGGCAUUCAUGUCAUCAAGAACAGCAACAGAAGCUCUUUACGAAAGUAAAGGCUCGAAGGAAUAUGGCUCUGAGCAGAUUCAGGUGUUGGAAGGUUUAGACCCAGUGAGGAAAAGACCAGGCAUGUACAUUGGAAGCACUGGACCCCGUGGUCUGCAUCAUCUGGUUUAUGAAAUCUUGGAUAAUGCCAUUGAUGAGGCCCAAGCAGGAUUCGCUUCAAAGGUUGAUGUAGUUCUACUUGCUGACAAUUCAGUGAGCAUUACUGACAAUGGUCGUGGGAUCCCAACCGACUUGCAUCCAGCGACAAAAAAGUCUGCUUUAGAGACUGUCUUGACGGUUUUGCAUGCCGGUGGAAAGUUUGGUGGUCUAAGUAGUGGUUAUAGUGUUUCAGGUGGAUUACAUGGUGUGGGAUUAUCUGUUGUCAAUGCAUUGUCCGAGGCACUCGAAAUUACUGUUUGGCGUGAUGGUAAAGAGUACCAUCAGAAGUAUACUCGUGGAAGACCUGUGACAGAUUUAAUCUGUCAUGAGCUUCCAGCUGAUUUUAAGGGUCGUCAAGGUACCUGUGUCCACUUCUGGCCUGAUAAAGAAGUAUUCACAACUGCGAUUGAGUUUGACUACAACACAAUAUCUGGGCGAAUCAGGGAGCUUGCUUUCCUCAAUCCCGAGGUUACGAUCACGCUCAAGAAAGAGGAUACAGACCCUGAGAAGAACUUGUAUAAUGAGUAUUUCUAUGCUGGAGGACUAAUUGAAUAUGUGAAAUGGCUGAAUGCUGAUAAGAAAUCUCUUCACGAUGUUUUGGGAUUUAGGAAAGAAGCUGAUGGAGUCACAAUUGAUGUCGCUCUUCAAUGGUCUUCGGAUGCAUAUUCAGAUACAAUGCUAGGGUAUGCUAACAGCAUACGGACAAUUGAUGGUGGCACUCACAUUGAUGGUGUGAAGGCUUCAUUAACGAGAACAAUCAACAACCUUGCGAAAAAAUCAAAGGUCAUUAAGGAAAGGGACAUUAAUUUAAGCGGCGAACACGUAAGAGAGGGACUGACUUGUGUGAUCUCUGUCAAAGUUCCCAACCCAGAAUUUGAAGGACAAACAAAGACGAGGUUGGGAAAUCCAGAGGUAAGGAAGAUUGUUGAUCAAUCAAUACAAGAAUAUCUGACUGAGUAUUUGGAGUUGCAUCCAGAUGUAUUGGAUGCAAUUCUUUCCAAGGCCCUUAAUGCUCUCAAGGCAGCUCUAGCAGCAAAAAGGGCGAGGGAGUUGGUGAGGCAAAAAAGUGUUCUGAAAUCAUCAUCCCUUCCUGGGAAGCUUGCUGAUUGUUCAGCUACAAAUCCUGAAGAAUCUGAGAUCUUUAUAGUGGAGGGAGAUUCAGCUGGUGGAAGUGCUAAACAAGGUCGAGAUCGACGUUUUCAGGCCAUUCUUCCUUUGAGGGGUAAAAUUUUAAACAUUGAAAGAAAGGAUGAAGCAGCCAUGUAUAAAAAUGAAGAGAUUCAGAAUCUUAUUCUCGGUCUAGGACUUGGCGUGAAGGGGGAAGAUUUUAGAAAGGAAGCUCUUCGUUACCACAAAAUCAUAAUAUUAACAGAUGCUGAUGUGGAUGGUGCACACAUACGAACAUUGUUGUUGACCUUUUUUUUUAGAUAUCAGAGAGCUUUAUUUGAUGAAGGCUGCAUUUAUGUUGGCGUUCCACCUUUUUACAAGGUUGAGAGGGGAAAGCAAGCAUACUACUGUUAUGAUGAUGCAGAACUUAAAAAGCUCCAGCGUACUUUCCCUGCAAAUGCUUCGUACAAUAUUCAGAGGUUCAAAGGCUUGGGCGAGAUGAUGCCAGUGCAGCUCUGGGAAACAACAAUGAAUCCAGAGACUCGGCUUUUGAAGCAAUUAAGGGUCGAGGAUGUGGCAGAAGCCAAUGUUGUUUUCUCCUCUCUCAUGGGAUCCCGGGUGGAUACCAGGAAGGAACUUAUAAAGAACUCUGCUAGCAUAAUCAACCUUGAGCACUUGGAUAUAUGAAUCUGCCUUAAGAUCUUUUGUACUUCAUACUUACAGCAAGGGUUACGCGUAGGUAUUUGGACAAAGCAGAGGAGAGAACUUCCAACAUAACAUAAAGAUCUUUAUGUUAUACGUAAGGGCCCAGGUAGAAAGUCUCACCGGUCUAUUCAAUUCAACUCGUGGGUGACACUUUUCAUCGAAAGAACCUCUAUACCAAGACUAUGUUGUGACUACGACGAUAAUUUACAAUCCUAAUCUUCACAUGUUCCAUAGAAUCUUGUUAUAUUGUUUCUUAUUUUGUUGCUUUUUUCUGUGGUGGUUUGUUAUUUUCUUGGCAGUUGCUCAUGAGACAGUUCUACAGAGUUUAUGCAAAAGAAUGUUUGUGUUCU